AUGUCAUACCUUCCGGGCUGCAGGGCCCGCUUGUUGCACACCCUCAUCCGAAGACAUUUUGCUAGCGGCUCCAAGGGCAAAGAACCUCCUCCACGACCCGACACCGGCGUGCUCGGCGGCUACCACCACACACCCCUCGGCGAUUCGGACAUGCCGCAGCGCACUCGAGUCUCCUACCUCUCGACGGAGAUGCGUGAGGCCAAGAUGACGGGCGUGCGCGGGCUCUCCUGCCUUGGAUUCCGAAUGAUCGACGGCAGUUUUCUCUACGGGCCCGUGGCGCUGUUCCCGAAGACGGCGUUGUCGUGGCGUGUGCUCACACCGACCGAGAUCACACCGGAAUCAUUGUCGCUUUUCGCGUGCCUCGAGCCGAAGAUUGACGUGCUGGUGAUCGGUGCCGGGGAUAAGAAGAACGUCGACAUGGUACGGAAACAAGUGGCCGGCUUUUUGCGCGAACACAAGAUUGGCUUGGAAAUUAUGGACACCGAGGAUGCUAUCGCGACGUUCAACUUUCUCAACGCGGAGGGCCGAUGUGUCGCGGCGGCCCUUUACCCCCCAGACGAUAUGAUCGUGACGGACGCCGAAUAUGGACGCGCGUUGAAUUUAUUACGCUCUGCCGAUACACUGGACGAGAACCCGCUGACACUUGGAAUAUUCGACGUGACCGGCUCUGACGAGGAUCUCGUGAAGAAACUUUGGGGGCCGACGGCUAGCUGGGAAGAAGUAAAAGAGAAAGUGCUGCGGAUAGGGGAGAUGAAGGAACAGCGGCAGCUAGAAGAUGGUUCCAAGAAGAAUGAU